AUGCGCCAGGUGAUGGAUGCAUUGGGUAUACUGACCAGGUUGCUUGAUCAGUUGCAGUGUGUCGACAUCAGAGUUGCUAAGGAAACUGUGCACUGUUUUGAUUCAGAAAGUUUUCGGUAUCUAGCUGCGAAGAAGAUACACGACACGGCAUUGGGUCAAUUAGACGAGAAUCGACGCCGGAUUGAGUGCAUGGCUGAACCGAUGGUUGACACCGCUGUUGAAAUAGGGUGUCUUCUUCGUACUCCGGAAGAAACGGAGAAUUUAUUGAAAGCCCGGGAAGCGUCACCCCUUUUCUGA